AUGGGUCCCUCGAGACACACGCGCUCGGGCGCGGCUGCCGGCUCUUCUGCUUCGAGCCGCGCUCAAGAUUCGCCUUCCGCUUCCGCAUUGUCAACAAGAGGCUCUUCCACGAAUGUCCUCUCCAAAACACCCACAAGAGCGUCUCCAUACACAAGAACUCCCACAAAACAUUCGUCCGGCCUCAGCGUCGGUCCCAGCACGCCGUCGCGCACCAACUCGCCCAUGAUGCUGCGCGAGAUCUUCUCCAUGAUCAGUCCCUUCCGAGGCCAUAGCCGCGCCCGGAGCUCCGCUGCCUUUGGUGCCGCCGAUGCUGAGGAGGAGGUGGAGGAAGAAGAAGCGCCCGAGGAGGACACGGUCGAGUCGAAUGGCGAGGUCCGUGUUGCUGAUGAUCGUAUGAUCGAGGAUGCAGAGGAAGGUGUCUCUGCCAAAGCCGACGCGUCCUCGUCUCGCCCCCUCCAGCCCAAGACCCUCGACUUGUCGGUCGCUUCACAAACAAGCCAUCGCUCUGCGAGUCCGAGACCUGCGGCUUCAUCGUCAGCACCAACAGCAUCGCUUCCGUUGGCCAACAGCGCGCUCGUCACGCCCGGCCUCCGUCGUCAGAUGAUGAACGUGCAGUCAGAGGCUGGACCCGCUACGCCCGGGCCGUCAGCACCGCUUCAAGCUCCUUCCCAGACCAGCCCUGUCUCGCGCAACUACGACCUGCUCGCGCGUUUCUUCGCGGAGAAGCAGCGCGGUGGCCAGGGCGCUCUCACCGAAGUCGAAGUGGAAGGAUGCAUCAGGUUGAUCGAGGAGAGCAUGACGCACGGUCGCAACCUCGAGUCCGAGUUUGGUCACGCCUACCCUUCCUCGUACGGCCCCACAUACCCGAUGAUGCAGAGCAGCGGCUUUACCCCUUCCUCCCGCGCCAGCAGCAUCGCACCUCCCGCUAUGCCCAGCUCGCAGUCCAUGAACUCGCUAUUCCACCCUGGCACGAGCCGGCUCACAGCCUCCUCGAGCGCAUACUCGUUCCUGGCGCCUCGAGCUCCCGCCCCGCCGUCAAACAGCAUCGGCUCGUCAGCCAGCUCGUCUCGUCGCCGGCCCAUCUAUCUCGGUCCCGGCAUGAGCGGACUUUCUCUCGAUCGCAGACGGCCUCUCGCAAACUCGGCUCGAGGCUCGGCGCUUUCCAAGACGCUUGCUCAGGGUUCCUUGGCCCGGUCGAGCACCGAUCCGAGCCUGACAAGGCACGUGAGAGACGUCGACGACUCGCUGGAAGCCUCAGAUCGAGCUGCAGGCCCAGAAGAAGCCAAGCGCCGCCGCACGGAUGCGACGAACGAGGCUACGCCUUCAACGCAAGGCCGCCAGUCUGCUGCAGACCAGGCGGUGCAAUUCGAGUCCGCAUACGAGAGGGAAUCGCGUCAGAGUAGCUUGCUCGCCAGAGAUCUCGCCUCCUCGUCGCCAGGCACCACCGCGUCCACGUUGAAGAGGUCGGCUCCUGCUGCGGAUACAGCAGCUCCCAUUCCGGCCCGCACGAGCCCACCCAAGGUGCCCACUCGUACCGCAAGCGCGAUCCAAGACAUCCUCAAGACGACUCCUCCCGUGCGUCCUCCUACCAAACCCGAGCUGGUCAACCCUUAUCAAUCAGCGGCACCUUCGUCCGCCAAGGGCAAGCGCGCGGCAGACGACGACGACGCGGCUCCGGUGGCGGUGCGCCGAUCUGCGCGCACUUCGAUGCUGACGCGUGCCAAGGCGCGAGAGUCGGCACGAGCCGCCGAGAAGAGCAGCCCUCCCAAGGAAUCCGUCCUGGAUCUCAUCGAGCGCACCGCGCCGAAGUUGCCCGCAGCCCGCAAGAAGGCCGAAAGCGAGAGCACGCAGCCUCAACAAAACGGCAAGGCGCCUGCGGCGGAGUCCUCGCCGGCUCCUGCAGCCGUCGCCGAGCCGUCGGCGGAAGAGCGCAAGCUGCAAAAGACCGAGGAGGUGCAGCGGCGGCUGGAGGCCCUCACCAAGGCCAAAAACCAGCAGGAGCAGAACGCAGCAUCCAAGACCUCGCCUGCCGAUGCGGCGCAGAAGCCUGUCAAGCCGAAUGCCGCGCUUGUUCCCCCGCAGUAUACCUCCACCAAGCCCAAGAAGCCCUCGCCGCUCUCGGCCGCAUUCCGCGCACCGGACUCGCCAAGUUCCGACUCGGAGGCACCGGCUACCCAGCCUCGCGGUAGCGCCAUCCCUCCACCCAGCUUCAACUUUGGCAGCACCGUGUCUGCCAGCGCGGCUCAGACGCCUUCGUCUGGGUUCUCGUUCAGCGCGCCCAAGCCGGCCGUGCCGGCUACGUCCACGCCCUCUACGGGCUUCUCCUUCUCCGCACCAGCAGCAUCGGCAGCGACGUCGGCCAGCGCUCCUGCGCCAGCCCCUGCUUCUGCCCCGGCUCCGUCGACCGCAUUCAGCUUUACGCCAGCGCCGGCCGUGCCCGUAGCACAGAAGCCCGCCGCUGCGCCCUCUACCGGGUUCAGCUUCUCGGCCCCUGCGUCCGUGGCGGCCUCUUCGCCCUCGGUUUCCUCGACACCGAAAGCUCAGCCCGCCCCAUCGAGCGGCACCUCGCCUCGUGCCGAGGUGUUGGCAGAGGACGCGGCGAAGCUGCCCAAGUUCGAAUGGCAAGCCCCACCGGUCCAGGCAUCGGGCGCCGGUGCUGCUGACCGUGCACUGCGCGACGAAAUGAAGGCCGUGGCCCAGGCCGCACUGCCCAAGUUCGAUUUCAUAUACGAGAUCGAGACGCCGCGCGAGAAGUCGCAGCCGGCCGCCGCCGACACGAAAUCAGCACCCUCCUCGACAUCAGCGCCGAGCGGAGGAUUCAGCUUUUCGCCCAUCUCCUCGGCACCAGCCGUGACGCCUGCAGCGCCUGCUGCUUCGACCGCGGAAUCCACGGCCGAGUCGAAUGAAGAUGGUGCUUCGGGCGAUCCGAGCAAGACACAGUCUUCGGGCUUGCUCGGCGAGGGCGAGGGCGAAGAAGGUGAACAGACGCUCUUCGAGGUGCGCGCCAAGUUCUGGAAGCUCGACGCGGAGUCCAAGAGCUGGAAGGAUCUGGGCGUGUGCAUCACCAAGCUCAAGCACAGUGCCGAGACGGGCAAGCACCGACUCUUGGCGAGAAACGAGGCAAACGGUAAGGUCGCUGUCAACUUCAUGACGUACAAGGGGCUCAAGACGACGCAGGACAAGACGAUCAAUGCGUUCCUCGGCUUCGACGGCAAGACGCCGACGCAGUACAGGAUGAAGAUCAAGACGGAGGACCAGGCGGGCGAGUUCAAGCAGAAGCUCGAGGCCGCCGCGGCCAAGGCAUGA